AUGAAAUUGUUAUGGGCGCCAAUAGUCGACUCAGUGUAUUGGCGACGGAUUGGACGACGAAAAUCUUGGAUGGUUCCGUGUCAGUACCUCAUAGGAUUAUUCAUGCUCGUACUUUCAUUCAGAGUUCCGUAUGUUAUGGGUGAGGAAACAGAUGCUGCACCUAAUGUGCUAUUUCUCAUGUUGAUAUUCUUACCACUGAAUUUUCUCGCUGCAACUCAGGAUAUCGCUGUAGAUGGUUGGGCUUUAACGAUUCUGUCAAGGAAAAAUGUGGGUUAUGCCUCCACUUGCAAUGCGGUUGGUCAGACUGCUGGUUAUUUCCUUGGUAAUGUAGUAUUUUUGUCAUUGGAAUCAGCAGAUUUUGCAAACACAUUCAUUCGCUCUGCCGAUAACCAAAAACCGUAUGGAAUAAUCGAUUUAGCAGGGUUUUGUGUUCUUUGGGGUUGGGUCUUCAUCGUCUCAACAACGUUAGUGUUGCAAAUUCUUCGUGAGUGUUUUGAUCUUAUCUCUUACCGUUUUGUGGAGGAUCCUCAAAUUGAAACCCAUGCUUAUCAUGCUGUUUAUUCUGCUACAGGAAAGGUCGCCUUCGCUGCCACCGAUGGUAUUACUGGUCUGAAAUUAAUUGGUAUGGGCAUGCCAAAAGAUAGGCUAGCUAGUUUUGGCCUAUUUUUAACACCACUGCAGAUUUUACUUCCGUGGAUGAUUGGGAAGUGGACGGCAGGGCCAAGACCAUUGAACAUUUUCCUGCUUGCAUAUCCAUACAGGUUAUUCGUUGGAGGGAUAUUUGCCGCUCUAGUGUAUUUCACGCCAUAUUUCAAGCUAGAUACUGGUAAAUUUAAUAACUUAGUGUAUGCUAUAUGGAUAUUCGGCUACAUACUUCACCAGGUGGCGACGUAUUGCAUGUUUGUGUCGAUGAUGGCGUUCAAUGCCCAGGUGUCUGAUCCGCGCGUUGGGGGCACGUACAUGACGUUGCUGAACACGUUGAACAACCUUGGGGGUAACUGGCCUGUUACUUUGGUGUUAUCUAUCACAGAUUGGUUCACGUGGAAGGACUGCGUUGUCAAGGGGACUAAAGAGGUGCUCUAUACAUGCAAUACGAAAGCUCUGGCGGAUCAGUGCUCUGCCGGUGGUGAUGUAUGCGAGGUGGCAAUCGACGGCUAUUAUAUCUCAGUUGCUGUGUGCUCUGUAAUCGGUCUCAUAUGGUGA